CACCCGGGGCGCAGGCCGUGCGCGACGUGCGGGAGUGCCGCCCGCCCCUGGCCCGCCGGCCGCGCCCCUUCCGUGCGGGGCCGCGGAGUCUCCACCCCGCGCUUCGCUGCGCUCGCUCUUCCCGGGCUGGAGGCCCCGCGGAGGUCGUGGUGUGGGGGACAGCGGCCACGCGACCCCGGCGAGCUGCUCUCCUGGCUUCCCGAGAGCGGGAAGGCGCGGCCGUGGGGAGCUGGGCUUGACCUUGGGAGGGAGGACCGAGCCUCCGCCUCCUGCUCCUCCCUCUCCCCGCCUCCUCCCCCUCCCGAGGUCUCUGACAUUUACAUUAACCUUUCCCGUUUCCGAAGAUACAGUUACAGCGCCGAGCGCCGUCGCCUUUACCCGGAAAGGUUAGACGGUCGCCACCUUGCCCAGAACUGCUUGCAUCCCACCUCCUUGCCUGCUAUUCUCGUCUCGCCUGGGACUGGCGCUUCUCGCUGACUCCGAACCCGACGCUUUGGGGCAGGGGUGGCGGGGGCACCCACCCACUAGUGUAUCAGGCCGGCCGAUCUGAGGAGGCGGGAGCCUAGCCUUCUUUUCCGCCUCGUAGUUCGCGUGGGGACAGAGCUCCUGUCCUGCCGCGGCCUGGUUAUGGGGGUGCAGGCUUUUGAAAAGACUGAUGUUUGUCCCGUGGUGCGUUUGGAUUUGUUCCACCGAGGGGGCUGGAGCUGAAUUUUCAUUAGAACAGAAACAACAUACCCCAGGGCACUCUUAUGCAAGCAGUCGUGGCUGGCAGGGAAAUUAAUGCAACACCUUGCUUCCGCCCCCUGCUGAGGAACGUUAACUUAGACUUAAUUGGGCAGGUCCGCUCAAAUGUGUGGAACUUCAAAAUAGAUUUUUCAGUAAACCCGAAAGAGGAAAAUUGGCAAAUUGGGGCUGAUUAUUUACUCACUUUUAUCAAACAUUUCAACGAGUUCUUCUAAACAGCACGUUUUCUUUCCAUAUUUAUAAAAAAGAUUUGACUUAUACCCAACUUCUGGAGAUUAUUCCCUUUACUAAUAUUUUUAUUCAUUUUACGUAGUAUUUUAUUAACUUACUACCUAGUGAGUGCUGUUUUGCCAAGCACCAUUUACCAAGCGGUUCACUUACAGUUGUCUCCUUUAUCUCCCACAGCCCUGUAAGGUAAAUGAUAUUGUGGGCAUCUUCAAGUUGCCAAUGAGAAAACCGAAGUUUAGAUAGGUUAAAUAGUUUCCAGGACGUAUGUUGACAGAGCUGAGAAUCCAGUACAGAUCUACCAAUUCCAGUUGAGCAGCUUCUAUGAAUGAAGGGACUCUUGGAUCUAAAGAUCUGUUUUCCAAGUAUCUUUGACAGCCGGAGGGAGGGCCCUGUCCCCUGUCCCUUUAAGAAAGAGGGCCAGGCACUGCCGAGAGUAGUGCCCUCGUUGUUCCACCUGCUCGCGCCGUCUUUCCAGACCAGCUGCCCUGGACGCUAACUACAGCUGCCUCACUGGGUUAAACAUUUAUAAACAUCAAGGAGGGAAGAUUAUCUGGGUUUGUUUUUUGUAUGCUCCCAAGUUGUCAGACAACCACAAAUUCCCAUGAAAGAAGAGCAAACAAUAUCUGUAUCCCAGUUGUUGUGUGCCAUUGAGUCUAUUUCAAUUCGUAGGGACCCUUCACUUCCCUGCUACGGCCAGUGCUGAAUUUGCUUUUCAUUCAUUCAUUCAACAAAUAUUGAGCUCAUACCGUGUACAGAGUAACCUAUGAAAUGAAAAGAUGAUUCAGACACAAGCCCUGUCCUUAAGGAUUUACAGCAUAGUGGGAGUUUUAGGCAUCCAAAUGGAGGAUUGUCCACUUGGGAGCUGUGCAGGUUGAAGAGGAAAGAAUGAGUUUAAGUCUAAACAAAAACAUGUUCUUGAACUUUUAUCAUCACCCUUUAACUACUGCUCUAUAGCUCUUUCUCCUUUUAGCCAAACUUUGUAGAAGUUGUCUGCAUUUACCAUCUCUGACUUGUUACCUCCCAUUCACUUACCACCUCACCAUAACCUGGCUUCUGCCUUUCCACCGCGCCACUAAAAUUGGUCUUGUCAAAAUUACUAAGGACUUUCUGGUUGCUGAAUCCAUUGAAUACUUUUUAGGCCUUAUCUUAACUUGACUUUCCUCCUGCACUUGGCACUGCUGAUUUGCACUCUUAAAACUCUCAACUCCCUUGCCUUGACCACUCUCUCCUGAGUCUGCUCACACUUUUUUGAGAGUUCCCUCGUGGACUGCUUGCCCUACCCACAACCCAAGUGUUGCCUAGGUUUCUGUCCUCAGCUCUGUGCUCUCUGCUUUUAGCUACUCACCAGAGAUUUAAAUAUUGCUGCUGCUUACCUGGUGUGAUUCAAUUCAGAUAGCAUCUUCAAAAAGCUUUCCUUGCCCUUCCUCUGUUAAGUGCUCCUUUCCUAUGGAUCCCUCUAAAAAAACAAACAAAAACCAAAAAUCAACCCACUGCCAUCGGGUUGAUUCCAACUCAUAAUGACCCUAUAGGACAGAGUAGAACUGCCCCAUGGAGUUUCCAAGGAGUACCUGGUGGAUUUGAACUGCUGACCUCUUGGUUAGCAGCUGUAGCUCUUAACCACUACACCACCAGGGUUUCCUGGAUACCUAUAGAAUAAAUUAAUCAAAUUCCAGUGCAAUUAUCUGUUCACACGUCCCAGUCUCCCACUAGAGAGUAAGCUUUCCUCAGGGUCUGUUUUGUAUCUGUAUCCACAAUACCUAGAACAAUGUAGCAUUCAAUGAAUCCUUGUUCAAUUGCCCCAAAUUGUAUUUUCAAAAUCUGUGUUUCCAGCACAUACCUUAAAGCCCCAUAUAGUUGGUGACCAUUAAAUUUAUUCUCAUCAAAUAUUUAUUAUGUACUUAUUUUAUAUCAGGUAUUUUUUUUUUUUUUUUGUGCGUAGCCAUUGGGAUACAAAAUAUCCUUUUCCUUAGGAAACACAUAGUCCAGAAGAGGAGGUAGACUAAAAUAGACAGACAACACAGUGUAUUAGGCGUUUAAAUGGAAGUUGUGCCUGGUAACCAUGGGGCAAGAUAAUGGGGGCUGUAUUUUGGAGGAAAAGUGAGGACGGCCUCACAGAAGAGGUGGUAGCUGAUCUGAGCCUUAAAGGAUAAGUUGGGAUUUCCAAGGUGGAUGUCUUUGGUGAGAGGAGUUCUAGGCGGAAGGAAUAGAAAUGAUAGGAAUUGGGGGUUGUUCUCUCGGGCAAAUUAUUUAAUUCCUAAUCCUUUUUUUUUCUCAUCUGUAAACAUCAGGAAUGACUACAUACCCAGAGAGGUUGUUGAUUAAAUAAAACAAUUUAUUAGUAAGUACAGGGCACUGCCUUCCUACCUGGAGGAAGCUGCUUGAAUGACACUUGUGGGAAAACCUCAGGCAGUCUGGGGCAGGACUGUAUGUGACUUAAUGUUUUGCUGAUAACAAGACACUAAGUUUAUCUAAAUCUCCAACUUGAUGGCAGCCGUUAGUCCCGGAAUAGAUUUAUUACCUCCCACCUCUCUCCAGUCCUCAGUGACCCUGGCCAACAUAGAGCAACUCAACUUGAUAGGACCCAAUUGAGUGCAGGUGACAAAAGCCUGGCUCGGAUUAUCCCCAAAAGGAAUUAUUGACCGAUGUUGCUGAGAAGUCCAGGAGAUUCCUAGUGUAGACUUCAUGGUUCAAAACAUUCCUGGUCUCUAAAAACCACUCUUGGUCCCAGUAUUAGGAAUUUAGGGGGAGAGGUGACAUUAAAAACGAGUGAGGAUUUUGAUACUUCGAAGGAUAAUUUGUCAUCAUCCUAAACAAAAUAAGAUAGAUGCCUUUAUGGGAACUUGUGAAGAAGCGGGUUUUUUUUAAAAUCAAUUCUCGGGGGGUCUUAACCUUCUUGGUGCCAUAGAUCGCUUUGCCAUGCUGGGGAAUAAGUUUUUAAAUGAGUAAAAGAAAAUACAAAGGAUUACAAAUGAAACAAAUAUUAUAUUGAAAUACAGUGACCAAAACAUUAAACUAAAUUUGUGAUAUAGCAAAACAUGUGCCUCUUUAUUAAUUCAUUAAAUAAUAAGAUGUAGUGAAGAAUUGAAUACUACCUUAAUGAGUACAAACAAUAUGCUCAGUAUGAACCCCCUGAAUUCUACCCUUGGAUAUCAUGGGGGUCCAAGGACCCUGAGUUAAGAACUCCUGCACGCAAGAAAUGAUCCCCGUCUAGUUCUAGGUACUGCCUGUACCAGAACAGGCCUCAAAUACAGGACCCAGAAAUUAAGGGUCUCGUGUUCUCAAACUAAGCCAGCUGAGCUUUGAGAACUCCGCUUUAUAACACUUAAAACUUGCCUUAUUUCCCAUUUGGAAUAAAUCACACUGUGAACUUUCUUGAAAGGCCCAGCUAUAAAUAUUGUGGAAGGGAUGUGUUUCUGGAUAUUGUUCACAACAUUUACUGAGAAGGAGAUGAAAGAACAGGAAAAGGAAGGUUUGGGGACUAUGAGGUAAAUGGUGUUAGCAUGGAGGCACCUGGCUUCCCUUAGUUAAUACCUGAUGUCCCUGGAGCAGGGAUGACUUGUCAGAGAAACAUCUUUGGGUCACUUUUUAAUAUACGAUAACUUCCAUGUUACAAAAAGUCCUUCAAUUAUGACAGGCUUUAAUAAUGGUUCUUUCCUUGUUUGAACUUUCCAGUUUUGAAUGAUUAUGAAACAGCUGUAUAAAUAAAUUAUUGUCUUUUUCCAUCCAGGGUUUUACGAUCUUUUGGGGGAGGAGAUAAGACAUAACAAAUACACACACAUAAAAAAGAACUGAAUUAGAAAAAAUGUUGAGUUCAGAGAAGGAAGGUAACAUUCUGGACUGGGAAGGAGGAGGUAGAAUUUGAAUUGUGUCUUGAAGAGGGGAUAGCGUGUGAACAGAGAAGAGGGGGCCUACUUUCAGGUCCGGGGACAGGGGAGAGGUAAGGAAGAGGAAGGGACAGGACUUUUUUUUUAGAGCUGGGUACUUAGCCACUUAACAAUCUUUGUGACAGAAAAUAUUUAAAUCAAAUUGUUCAGGAGCUUCUCUUUCUCUCAAGAGAGAAUGUUCUUGCUAAAAGUAAAGUCCUUUUUCCUUUCUUAACCAAAUCAAAUGACUGCUAGAGCACUGAAGACUAAAAAGGAAAACAGCCUCCCUUCUCACAUUAAUGCUUCUCUUGGUAAACAAGAUUAUAUGGGGAGAAGUGGUAUAUUGUCUUGGGAAGAGUGAUUCUUUAAAUAUUUAUUGAGCACCUGCUAGGUGCUGGGCCCUGUUCAAAGCUAUCUCAGCAGCAAACAGAACAAAGUUUCUGUUCUCACAGAGCUUAUCUUUUAGUGGAGGGAGAUAAAUGCUAAAUAAAUAUAUGUCAGGUGAAGGUAAAAACUCUGAAGGAAAAUAACACAUGGUAAAGGAAGACUUUUUAAAGAGACAGCACUAGAAGGUAGGUUGCUCUGUUUGGAGAGGUGGUCAGAAAGGCCUCCCUGAUGAACCGCUUUUGAGAGAGAUCUGAGUGAAGUGAAGGAGUGAACCAUGAGAUAUUUGUGGAAAGACUUCCAGGCAGAGGAAGAGUUAAAUGUAAAGUAUAAACAUAGCUAAUCAUUGAACAUUAUAAAAAUUAUGUUCCAAAUAAACAUAGUAUAAACUUUGUACAAAGGACCCCGAUAUACUAUGAAAUUUUACAUAUACCAAACCUAUUGCCAUCGAGUCCAUUCCAACUCAUAGUGACUCAAUAGGACAGAGUAGAACUGCCCCAUUGGAUUUCCAAAGAGCGGCUGGUGAAUUCGAACUGCCGACCUUUUGGUUAGCAGAUAUAGCUCUUAACCAGUAUGCCACCAGGGCUCCAAUUAUAAAUUUAUCUUGGGAUAGUAAGAAUGGUAUAAUAAGCAUUGCUCAAAUACUUAACAAUACAUUUUUUGUUCUCUUGGACUUUAGAAGAGCUUUUAGGAGAAUGAUUUGAGUGGGCUACAUCUCUAAGAACAUUUAUGCUGAAAAGUUUGGACUGAUUCGUUCUCCCCCACCCCCAAAUUCUCCUGAAGUCCACACAGGCAGUCAUUCUGUUGACUUUGAGCUGUCUUCAGAGUUGGAAUUCACCUUUUAAAAAUGGCUACUGAGCAUCUUAAUACUUCAACUAGUAAGUCUCCCUUCCUAUUGCUUCUCCUGACUACCAUCCAGUCUCCUGAGGCAUAAAGAUAGAAAAGGUGAGUCAAGCCCUGAAUAAGCACAAUGAUGACAGUCAAUCAAAUCAUGCCAAUAAGGAUUUAAUCAUAAAUCAGAAACAGCUUGAACAUUGUGUUUUCACAUAGGAAACAUUUUCUUUCUUUUUUCCCUCUUUAUGAGUACCCCAAAGUGUUUUGGGAAGGAUCAAAUGCAGUAGACUGUUGGUAGGACAGAGAGAUUUGGUUGACUCAUCCAACUUGCUAGUAAAUGGCGGAGCUGGAACUGAGACUGUGGCCUUCUGAUAUUUCAUCUAGAUGAUCUUUUCCAUAAAUAAAUAUAUUCCAGAACAAAUAGUUCUGAAGAUUGAUACAGUCUCCUGGUUAAACAUUUAAGGAAACUGAUUGAAUGAUGUUAAGUAGAACUUUUCAGAGCUUUUAAUAUACAAAUGAGUCUGUGAGUUUGCAAGAGGACUCUAAAACAAUUUUGGGAAAUACUGGCCUACACCACUAUGGCCUGAUAUGCCCACCUGUAACCUGAAAGAGACUUCCCAGAUUUAAGUUUAGUUUCUGUUGCUAAUGAUACGCAGGGAGGUUGAGAUCCUGUUUUCUUAUAGAUGUAUACCACAUGGCUUAUUUUGGCAACUGACACACGAGUUUGGUUUUGACUGUUGUUGAGCGUUUUUGAUUCAGCCCAAAGAAUACUUUCCUCCCAGGUGACCAUGUACUAAGGCUUUGGGGUAAGUGACAAAAGUUCUUCUGGGCAAAUAUUAGUCCCCUAUGCUGUGCUCAUAGCGACCCUAUAGGACAGAGUAGAACUGCCCCAUAGAGUUUCCAAGGAGCGCCUGGUGGAUUCGAACUGCUGACCCUUUGGUUAACAGCCAUAGCACUUAGCCACUACGCCACCAGGGUUUCUAUGAGUUGGAAUUGACUCGACAGCACUGGGUGUGGUGUUUUGGUUUUAUACUGUGCUACCUAUGUACCUAUAUGCUCACAAGCACCUCUGUUGCUUAAGGGUGAGUUGAAAUGAUCAUUACUUUGUGUGAGUCCAGUGGCCUUAAUUAGUGUGAUGUAGUGGCCAUUUAGGGGCCAAAUCAACCAAUGUAAGGGCCACAGACACUGGCGGCAAGCUCAGGGUGAGCUGUUUAGUUACUGUACUGUGUGCAGAGAUACAGCAGAAAAAAGACAGGCACAGUCCUCACCAUUGAGAUUUGGUUGGAGUCCAGGUGAAAUACAGACAAGCAAACCAGCAACUGCUACAAGGUGCAGUGAGCACUAUUAUGGGGGUGAACAAGGCAGGCUACGAGAGCAAAAAAGAGGUGCGUCUAACUCGGGCAUAGGGAACAGGGCAGUGACAGCUAAACAGACCCGGAGGUGAAGAGGAGUGUUACAGGUAGAACCAGAUCAGACAUGAAACAAUAUGUUGCAAGGGUAGGUUAGAGACCUACUCAACUCGAUAUUCUUGUUUCAUACCCUACAAGAAAGAAGCAACUGUACUAAAGCAACACCACUUGUUUUGCAUUUUACGAGGCACUUCUACCUACAUGGCUUUAUUUCCUCUCUACAAUGAAUCCUUUAGGUGUCCCAGGACCAUGGUCAUGGAGUCAAGAAGAGAGACUGGAAACUGCCCCUGCAGCUCCUAGAAAGUCAGAGAUGUGAAAGUAGACAACACAGGCACUUAGUACCAUGUUCCAAAUACAGAUUCCCACUGUAAGUGGUUGAGGACACUGUGAGUUUUGGUGAAGUUUUAAGCACGAAGUGAGCAUUUGAAGAAGGGAAGCGUGCAGACGUUACUACUUAGAUUGAGGUCACUUUUCUCACUAUUGGAUUGCAUUGAAAACAGUUUAUUGGAUCACAGUAUAAAAGAAGAGGUGAAAUCCACAGCAGGCUUGACUGUUUUUCUUCCUUUGAUGAACCACAUAAAAAAUGGAAACUGAGCCAGUAGAAUAUAGUUCUAGGACCAGUUGGCCUCCCUGGGAUCAAUGGGACAAAUCAUUAACUAAAAAAAAAUUUUUUACUAGCCUCCAAUUAAUACAGGGAAGCCACAUUUUACACAGAUGGGUUCUAGGGGUAGAAUGGAAGAUGAAUCUUGAAUGUAGUCAAAAUCAUCCUUAAAAUCCCUUAGGAAGAUAACCACAUUGGAGAUCAACAUGUGCAACAUAGAUAUGUGUGUCUUUAAAUACCAGAAUUACACUCAGCACGGCAAGAUGCUUAUACUUUGAGAGGCAUAUGGAGACUAAGACCGACUGAGGGCAUAUGGUCAUUGAAUGGAAUGGUUCAUCAAAGGAAGAAAAACAGUCAAGCCUGCUGUGGAUUUCACCUCUUCUUUUAUACUGUGAUCCAAUAAAUCCUCCCCCUUCCUCUCCCUGUCAAUUGUUUAUAGUAAAUUAGUGUCAUAUAAAUCCUUGUCUGAUGUGAGUCUGCUGCAGAUUCUUGCUGCUCCUCUAGUAGCACAUGUGAGAAGCACCUUGGUCUCGAUCCAGCACAUGCAGUUUGGAGAAUCAUGCCUUUGUGGAUUUUAACUUAGCUUGUAUUUGAACUAUUUUCCCUAACAAGACUUGGUCCUCCUGUUGUAGCUCAGUUGAUGGUGAUCAGAAGUGCCUCCCUAGCGCCCACAAAGUGAAUUUGAUGUACAUUUUGUAUCAUAUAUUUAAAGUAAAAACGUUUCUACAAUUAUACAGGUUCCACUAUUAUAACAGAGGCCUAAAACAACAGUAGGUUAAACAAGAUAAGGAUUUCUCUUUCUCUCAUGGAAUAGUUUGGGUAUAAGCAAGCCAGUACCAGUAUGAUGGAUCUAUGUUGUUGGGACUUAGCCUCCUUCAGUCUUGUUGCUCUGCCGUCUUGAGAGUGUUGCCCUUGUACAUAUGGUUCGAGAUGGUUCCCCACCAGAAUAUCCAUAUUCCAACCAGUUGCCUCAAGAAAAAGAUGAAGAAGCGGAGUAGUUUUUCCCUUUAAACAAUCUGGAAAUUCCACACAUACUCUUGCUACAACCCAUUGGCUAGAUCUUAAUCACAUGACCAUACUACCUGCAAGAAGGGCUGAAAAAAAUAUUGAGAGGUCAUGUGACCAACUAAAAAUAGAUAGUUCUAUUACCCUAAGAAAGGAAGGGGUAACUGGAAAUCUGUCAUGGUCUGUCUCUUUGUUCAUGCAGCUAACCAUGUCUGUUCUUCCUCUCACACAUAAACAUAGCCACCCCUCUCCAGGCGAGGCACCCCAAGUUCCUUCCAGUUACCCAGUCUUUUCGAAAUCCAGACUGAGCCCUGGGUGAUAGUCAAUUCUUUCCAUCAGGUCCAUAUGUGUAGCUCCUAGUGGUUUAGCAUCUAAUACAUUUAAAGAUAAAUUAUCAGCCUUCCCACACCCCUGCUGCACCCACACACGAUUAUGUGCCUAUUAGCUGAAUAGAGCAAGAUACUUACAAUAAAGAUUCCUGUUAAGAAAAGGAAAGGACUAGAACACACAGCAGUCGCCAGCCAUAGUGUUCAUAUUCUGCUGUCGGGGAAUGUGGACUCCCUGCCCUGCAGUGGAGUAGGGGCCAGGGACCUGCCCUCUGGGAGGAACUCUUUAUUCUCUAUCCUCCAUUUUCACUUAGAAGUGGACUUUGGAGAACAGACCCUGAAAAGACUUUUGCAACCUGCUUCCUGCUGAUGAAAGCUUAGGGGUAGUUGGGGAGGGGUUGCUUGUGCAGGCCAGGCUCAUGGUUUUUUUUGGCUAGACAGUUUCCUCAAAAACUUAGUACAUUUCUGGUUUGUUCUGAUCAGUUUCAUGUACUGGUAACCACAACGAAAGUUCUCAUCUAGAUAGAGUUUUGAAGCCUGAAUACUCUGACUUUUAUUUAUUGACCUCUAUUCUCUGUCCCUCCUCUGAUUUCUGCAUCACCGAUGGCCACCUCGAGAUGAUAGGAAGUUACAGGCUUGGGUAAGAAGGUAGCGCCUUAAUCUGAUCUUUGCUGGGGGGCUAGAAAGAGAAUCCUGGGCAAGUUUUGAGACCACAGUCCUUUCUUCUGUUAGGCCUCCUGCUUCAUGUAUAGCUGCUUUAGUUUGAGUGUACAAAUAGUUGUCAUUUUCAACUCUGCAGGGCCAUACAUUAUUGGACUUUGGCAACAUAGUUUAUAGACCACAGUCAAAGAAAACUUCUCUUUGCGUGGCUAUAGCUUCCUUCGUUUCUGCUGUAGAAUGUUUGGCUGUAGCCUGAAUUCCUCUCUAUAUUGUAGCAAGAAGUAGCCAACAAACACUCAUGUUCUGAAUUCUUCCAACUGUUUGUCUAGAGCUACAGGUUUGGUUGGCCAGUGGCCUGCCUUCCAAGAUAUAUUAGGUAAUAAUUUUACUAAAUGGUUUGCCAUGACAUAAAGACCAUACCAAUGCCACAUAUUUUAGAUUCUGUUUUGGUACAGAAUACAAAUUUUCUUAUUAGUUAAAAUAAGGUUUGGGUGCUAUAACAGAGUUCCAAAAUAAGUUACUUAAACAAAAGUUUACAGUAAUAGAAUGCAAGCAGUCCAGGGCUAGUGUGGUGGCUACCUUGUAUAAAGAGACACAUGUUUCUUUUCUGAUAUGACUCAGGCUUCCCUAGGAUACUCCAGCCAACAGGAAGGGAAGACAGAGGAAGGCAUGACCCUUUUUGGAGGUUGCACACAUCAGUUUCAUUCAAGUCGCAUUGGCCAAAACUUAGCCUAUGACUAUCUGUAGCAACAACGGAAGCUGGGAAAAAUAAAUUUUAUUCUGGAUGGCAUGUGUCAAGUUAACAUUCAGGGAGAGUUCUAUAAAGCUAACUGAAGAAAAGAAUUGCUGUAAUGAAAUAACCAAUAGUCUCUACACACUAUCCUAAGCAUAUCUUCAAAAUUUGUUAAAAGAAAUCACUAAGCUAUUUGCAAGUGAUGGGGUUACAGAGAGAAAACAGAAACUUAAUUUUACAUAGUUAACUAGAUUUUUAGAAGAGACCUUGGCUAUCAUUUAUACAAAUCACUCCUCAGAAAGGGACGAAGGCAUGGGCAUUUCUAUUGUGGGGGAGCUCUUAAAAAUAAAUUACUUUAUUGAGAUACAAUUUACAUAAUAAUCAUACAGUUCACCUGUUUAAAGUAUGCAAUUCAAUGUUUUUUAGUGUAUUCACAGAGCUGUGCAAUCAUCACCACAAUCUAAUUUUGGAAUACUUUUAUCCUCCUAAAAGAAACCCUACACCCAUUAGGAGACCAUCCAUGUUCCUCCUCUGUCCCCCCAGCUCUAAGCAACCACUAAUCUAAUUUCAGUCGCUAUAGAUUAGUGUGGGUAGAUUUUACAUAGACUGAAUGUCCAGGGUUUUUUUGGUUGCCAGACAGGAGAAUUUACAUUUAGCAAAUGAAGUCCCAGAAGCAUGAGAAGGCAAAAGUUAAUGAUUUGUGUCAAGAGCAGUGGAAUUGGUAUCUCAUGCUUCUAUGUGUACUGUCCUGGGUAUUGAAGAGAGAAAGCCAAAGAUGUCAUUGUUCUCAAGGAGCCUCUGACUGAGUGGGGGAAGACUGACACAUAAACAGACAAUUAUCACUGAGUAUUAUUGAAGUUGUCAAGGAUUUCAUUGUACUUGGAUCCAUAAUCAACACCCAUGGAAGCAGCAAUCAGGAAUUCAAAUGACAUGUUACAUUGGGCAGAUCUGCUGCACAAGACCUCUUUAAAAUAUUAAAAAGCAGGAGGCGGGGCUAAGAUGGUGGAAUAGCCAGACACUUCCGGUGAUCCCUCUUACAACAAACACCCAAUAAAACAAGUGAAAUGAUUAUAUUUGUGACAAGCUAGGAGCCCUGAGAAAACCCUGGUGGCAUAGUGGUUAAGUGCUAGAGCUGCUAACCAAAAGACCGGCAAUUCAAAUCCACCAGGGCUCCUUGGAAACUCUAUGGGGCAAUUCUACUCUGUCCUAUAGGGUUGCUAUGAGUUCGAAUCGACUUGACAGCAGUGGUUAGAAGCCCUGAAUAUCAAAGGCAAGUUAGAAAACAGACUGAGCAUCAGGGGGAGGGAGAGAUGGUUCAGAAACAGAGAGGAAUUGCAGGAUCCGAAUCACUGGGAACCCUUAGGCACCUAUUAAACAGGGUCCUCACCUAUCCACAUCAUGGGCCUAAGGACUGGUGGCUCCACCCAUGUCACCCAGCCACCUGUGACAGGGGUCCAAGGAUAACUGGUACCUCCCAGUCCCUACAACCAAAAGCAUUGGGUGCCCAUGGUCCAUCUGCAGAACCCACCCACCUGUGCACUCUAGGGAACAGGGAUGCACUUUCCUCACAGACACUCAGGGAAUGGUUGUCAGCCCCCUGCCUUGUUCAGAGCAUGACCCCUGCUGCAACCAGAUGUCUGUACCUACACCAAUCACCCCUGCCCAUCUAAGACUGUAUGACAGAGCCUGUACCACACACUUGAUGACCAACUACCUGGACACCUGAGCCAAAUCCAUACAAGAAAAGUGAAUGGACUCCUAGGCUCAUAUACCUGAUAACAGCUGUAGCCAUGUGGUGACAGGACGUUAGAGCUUCAAAGGCAAAAAUAAGCUAGCUCACUCAAGCAACCUAUUUGGGCAUAUCAAAACAAAACAAAGCAAGAAGCUAGGAUGCAAUAAGCAAACAUAAAAUAAACUAAUACAAUAACUUAUAGGUGGCUCAGAGACAACAGUCAAUAUCAAGUCACAUAAAGAAGCAGACCAUGAUCACUUUAACAAGCUCUCAAAACAAAGAAUCAGGGGAUCUUCUGGAUGAAUGUGCCUUCCUGGAAUUACCCGAUGCAGAAUACAAAAGAUUAAUAUACGGAACUCUUCAAGACAUCAGGAACGAGACCAGGAAGGAAAUCAGGCAAAACACAGAACAAGCCAGGGGACACACAGAUAAAACAUAUGAAUAAAUUGAAACAGUUAUUCAAGAACAUAAUGAAAAAAUUAAUAAGCUGCAAGAAUCCAUAGAGAGACAGCAAUCAGAAAUUCAGAGGAUUAACGAUAAAAUUACAGAAUUAGACAACUCAAUAGAAAGUCAGAGGAGCAGAAUUGAAGAAAUGAAAGGCAGAAUUAGUGAUAUUGAAGUUAAAAUACUUGGCACUAAUAUACUCGAAGAAAAAUCAGAUAAAAGAAUUAAAAAAAAAAUGAAAAAACCCUAAGAAUCAUCUGGAACACUAUCAAGAGAAAUAACCUAUGAGUGAUUGGAGUACCAAAACAGAGAGGGAUAACAGAAAAUACAGAGAGAAUUGUUGAAGAUUUGUUGGCAGAAAAAUUGCCUGAUACCAUGAAAGAUGAGAAGAUAUCUAUCCAAGAUGCUCAUCGAACUCCAAAUAAGGUAGAUAUGAAAAGAAAGUCACCAAGCCAUAUUAUAAUCAAACUUGCCAAAACCAAAGAUAAAGAGAGAAUUUUAAGAGUGUCUAGGGAUAAAUGAAAAGUCACCUACAAAGGAGAGUCAAUACGAAUAAACUCAGACUACUCCGCAGAAACCAUGCAGGCAAGUAGCCAAUGGGAUGACUUAUAUAAAGCAUUGAAGGGAAAAAAUUGCCAGCCAAGAAUCAUAUAUCCAGCAAAAAUGUCUCUCAAAUAUGAAGGUGAAAUUGGCAUAUUUCCAGAUAAACACAAGUUUAGGGAAUUUGUAAAAACCAAACCAAAACUACAAGAAAUACUAAAGGGAGUGCUCUGGUUAGAAAAUCAGUAAUAUCAGAUACCAACCUAAGACUAGAACACAGGACAGAGCAAACAGAUGGCAACCCAAAUAGGGAAAUCACAAAAAUAAAUCAAGAUAAAAAAAACCAAAAACACUCAAAACAGGGAAACAGCAAUAUCAUUAUGUAAAAGAAGAGAACAUUAAAACAGUAAAGAGAGACUAAGAAAUGUAGUCAUAGUUCUUUCACAUGGAGAGGAAGACAAGAUGAUAUAAAGAAGUAAAACUUUGGUUUAAAAUUAGAAAAAUAGGGGUAAAUAAUAAGGUAAACACAAAGGAGACUGACUAUCCUCAUCAAAAUAAAAUACAAGAAAAAAAAUAAAGACUAAGCAGAAACAAAAUCAACAAUGAAUAAGAGGAAAAAACAAUAUAUGAAGUGCUCAGCACAAAAAAUUAAGUGGGAAAAAGAAACUGUCACCAACACACAAAAAAACAUCAAAAUGACAGCACUAAACUCAUACCUGUCCAUAAUUACGCUGAAUGUAAAUGGACUAAAUGCACCAAUAAAGAGACAGAGAGUGGCAGAAUGGACAAAAAAGCACGAUCUGUCAAUAUGUUGCCUACAAAGACACACCUUAGACUUAGAGACUCAAACAAACUAAAACUCAAAUGAUGGAAAAAAAUAUAUCAAGCAAACAACAAUCAAAAAAGAGCAGGAGUGGAAAUAUUAAUUUCUGACAAAAUAGACUUUAAAGUUAAAUCUACCACAAAGGAUAAAGGGACAAUAUAACCAUAUUAAAUAUUUCUGCACUCAAUGACAGGGCUUCAAGAUAUAUAAAACAAACUCUAACAGCAUUGAAAAGUGAGAUAGACAGUUCCACAAUAAGAGUAGGAGACUUCAACACGCCACUUUUGGUGAAGGACAGAACAUCCAAAAAGAAGCUCAAUAAAGACACUGAAGAUCAAAUUGCCACAGUCAAUCAACUUGACCUCAUAGGCAUAUACAGAACACUCCACUCAACAGCAGUCAAGUACACUUUCUUUUCUAGUGCACAUAGAACAAUCUCUAGAAUAGACCAUGUAUUAAGUCAUAAAGGAAGCCUUAGCAGAAUCCAAAACAUCAAAAUAUUACAAAGCAUCUUCUCUGACCAUAAGGCCAUGAAAGUAGAAAUCAAUAAUGGAAAAACAGGGAAAAGAAAUUGAACACUUGGAACCUGAAUAAUACCUUGCUCAAAAAUGACUGGGUUAUAGAAGACAUUAAGAAUGGAAUAAAGAAAUUCUUAGAAUAAAAUGAGAAUGAAAACACUUCCUAUCAGAACAUUUGGGACACAGCAAAAGCAGUGCUCAGAGGUCAAUUUAUAUCAAUAAAUGCAUACAUACAAAAAGAAGAAAGGGCCAAAAUCAAAGAAAUAUCCCUACAACUUGAACAAAUAGAGAGCAACAAAGGAAACCCUCAGGCACCAGAAGAAAGCAAAUAAUAAAAAUUAGAGCAGAAUUAAAUGAAAUAGAGAACAGAAAAACAAUUGAAAGAGUUAACAAGACCAAAAGCUGGUUCUUUGAAAAAAUCAACAAAAUUGAUAAACCAAUGGCCAAACUGACAAAAAAAAAACAGAAGAGGAAGCAAAUAACCCAAAUAAGAAAUGAUAUGGGUGAUAUCACAACAGACCCAAAUGAAAUUAAAAGAAUCAUAUCAGAUUACUAUGAAAAAUUGUACUUUAACAAAUUUGAAAACCUAGAAGAAAUGAAUGAAUUCCUAGAAACACAUGACCUACCUAAACUAAUACAAGCAGAGGUAGAACAACUAAAUAAACCCGUAACAAAAGAAGAGAUUGAAAAGGUAAUUUUAAAAACUCCCAACAAAAAAAAGCCCUGGCCCAGACGGCGUUACUGCAGGGUUCUACCAAACUUUCUGAGAAAGGUUAACACCACUACUACUAAAGGUAUUUCAGAGCACAGAAAAGGAUGGAACACUCUCAAACUCAUUCUGUGAAGCCAGCAUAUCCCUGAUACCAAAACCAGGUAAAGACACCAUAAAAAAAGAAAACUACAGACUUAGAUGCAAAAAUCCUCAACAAAAUUCUAGCCAGUAGAAUUCAACAGCAUAUCAAAAAAUAAUUCACCAUGACCAAGUGGGAUUCAUACCAGCUGUUCAGGGAUGGUUCAACAUUAGAAAAACAAUUAAUGUGAUCCAUCAUGUAAGUAAACAAAAGACAAGAACCACAGGAUCUUAUCAAUUAAUGCAGUCCAACACUCACUCAUUCAUGAUAAAAACUCUCAGCAAAUUAGGAAUAGAAAGAAAAUUCCUCAACAUAAUGAAAGGUAUUUAUAUAAAACCAACAGCCAACAUCAUCCUCAAUGGAGAGAGUCUGAAAGCAUUCCCUUUGAGAUUGGGAACCAGACAAGGAUGCCCUUUAUCACCACUCUUAUUCAACAUUGUGCUGGAGAGCCAAGCCAGAGCAGUUAGGCUAGAUAAAGAAAUAAAGGGCAUCCAGUAUCUCUAUUUGAAGGUGACGUGAUCUUAUACACAGAAAACCCUAAAGAAUCCUCAAGAAAACUACUGAAACUAAUAGAAGAGUUCAGCAGAGUAUCAGGGUACAAGAUAAACAUACAAAAACCAGUUUGAUUCCUCUACAGCAACAAAAAGAACAUCAAAGAGGAAAUCACCAAAUCAAUACCAUUUACAAUAACCCUCAGGAAGAUAAAAUACUUAGGAAUAAAUCUUACCAGAGAUGUAAAAGACCUAUACAAAGAAAACUACAAGACACUACUGCAGGAAACUAAAAGAGACCUACGAAAGUGGAAAAACAUACCUUGCUCAUGGAUAGGAAGAGUUAACAUUGUAAAAAUGUCUAUUCUACCAAAAGUGAUCUAUCAAUGCAAUUCUGAUCUAAACUCCAAAGACAUUUUGUAAUGAAUGGAGAAACAAAUCACCAACCUCAUAUGGAAGGGAAAGAGGCCCCAGAUAGGUAAAGCAUUCCCGAAAAAGAAGAACAACGUGGGAGGCCUCACACUACCUGAUUUUAGAACCUAUUAUACUGCCGCAGCAGUCAAAACAGCCUGGUACUGGUACAACAACAGAUACAUAGGCCAGUGGAACCGAAUUGAGAAUCUAGCUAUAAAUCUAUCCAAAUAUGAGCAGCUGAUAUUUGACAAAGGCCCAAAGUCAGUUAAAUGGGGAAAAGACAGCCUGUUUAACAAAUGAUGCUGGCAUAAUUGGAUAUCCAUCUGCAAAAAAGUGAAACAAGACCCAUACCUCACACCAUGCACAAAAACUAACUCAAAAUGGAUCAAAGAUCUAAAUAUAAAUCUAAAAUGAUGAAGAACAUGGAAGAAAAAAUAGGGACAACACUAGGAGCCCUAAUGCAUGGCAUAAACAGUAUACAAAACAUUACUAUCAAUGCAUGAACACCAGAAGAGAAAGUAGGUAACUGGGAGCUCCUAAAAAUCAAACGCCUGUGUUCAUUGAAAGACUUCACUGAAAGAAUAAAAAGAUUACCCAUAGACCAGGAAAAAGUUUUUAGCUAUGACAGCAGCGUCUGAUCUCUGAAAUCUACAAGAUACUGCAAAAACUGAACAACAAAAAAGAAAAAUAGCCCAAUUAAAAAAUGGGCAAAGGAUAUGAACAGGCACUUUGGAAAAUAAGACAUUCUAGUGGCUAACAGGUACAUAAGGAAACGGUCACAAUCAUUAGCCAUUAGAGAAAUGCAAAUCAAACCUACAAUGAGAUCCAUCUCACUCCAACAAGGCUGGCGUUAAUCCAAAAAACACAAAAUAAUAAAUGUUGGAGAGGUUGUGGAGAGAUUGGAACACUUAUACACUCCUGGUGGGAAUGUAAAAUGGCACAACCACUUUGCAAAUUGAUUUGGUGCUUCCUUUAAAAGCUGUUGUUGUAUUAUUAAAAGCUAGAAAUAGAACUAUCAUAGGAUCCAGCAAUCCCACCCCUUGGAAUAUAUCCUAGAGAAAUAAGAGCCUUUACACAAACAAAUAUAUGCACACCCAUAUUCAUUGCAGCACUGUUUACAAUAGCAAAAAGAUGGAAGCAACCAAGGUGCCCAUCAGUGGAUGAAUGGGUAAGUAAACUACGGUUUGUUCACACAAUGGAAUACUAUGCAUCAAUAAAGAACAAUGAUGAAUCUGUGAAACAUUUGAUAACAUGGAGGAACUUGGAAGCCAUUGUGCUAAGUAAAAUUAGUCAGUUGCAAAAAGACAAAUAAUUUAUGAGACCACUAUUAUAAGCACUGGAGAAAUAGUUUAAACAGAGAAGAAAAUAUUCUUUGAUGGUUAUGAGAGGGGGAAAGGAGGUAGGGAGAGGGGUAUUCGCUAAUUAAAUAGUAGGCAAGAACUAUUUUAGGUGAAGGGAAAGGCAACACACAAUACAGGAGAGGUCAGCACAACUGGACUAAACCAAAAGCAAGGAAAUUUCCUGAAUAAACUGAAUGCUUCGACAGCCAGAGUAGAAGGGGUGGGAGUUUGGGGACCAUGGUUUCAGGGGACAUCUAAGUCAAUUGGCAUAGUCAAAUCUGUUAAGAAAAUAUUCUGCACCCCACUUUGGAGAGUGGCGUCUGGGGUCUUAAACGCUAACAAGGGGCCACCUAAUAUGCAUCAAUUGGCCUCAACCCACCUGGAGCAAAGGGGAAUGAAGAACACCAAAGACACAAGGUAAUUAUGAACCCAAGAGACAGAUAGGGCCACAUAAACCAGAGACUGCAUCAGCCUAAGACCAGAAGAGCUAGAUGGUGCCCGGCUACAACCAAUGACUGCCCUGACAAGGGAACUCAACAGAGAACCCCUGAGGGAGCAGGAGAGCAGUGGGAUGCAGACCUCAAAUUCUCGUAAAAGGACCAGACUUAAUGGUCUGACUGAGACUAGAAGGACCCCAGCAGCCAUGGUCCCCAGACCUUCUGUUAGCCAAAGACAGGAACCAUUCCCAAAUCUAACUCUUCAUACAGGGAUUGGACUAGAUUAAAAAAAAAUAGAAAAUUAUACUGGUGAGGAGGGAGCUUCUUGGAUCAAGUAGAUACAUGAGACUGUUGGCAGCUCCUGUCUGGAGGGAUGAUGAGAAGGCAGAGGGGGUCAGAAGCUGGCCGAAUGGACAUGAAAAGAGAGGGUGGAGAGAAAGAGUGUGCCGUUUCAUUAGGAGGAGAGCAACUAGGAGUAUAUAGCAAGGUGUAUAUAAAUUUUUGUAUGAAGGACUUACUUGAUUUGUAAACUUAAAGCACACACACACACACAAAAAAAAACCCAUUAAAAAGCGAACAUGUAUUUUUAUUGCCCUGAAUUGACCCAGGGGGCGGGCCCACCUGGCCGUGCAGGUGACCCCAAACCAGUUCGCGUGAGAGGUGUGGCGCUCUGGAAGGAGAAGUCCCGGGGAGGAAGUGACUGGUUCCCGAACAGGGAAAGCAGCGUCUUAACCCAGAAGUCAUCCCGCUGGGAUUUGGGCACGCGCACAGGCGGGGCGUGACCGCGGGACCUAAUUAUAAUCGCCUGAAUAGACCCUGGGGGCGGGCCCACCCGUUCGUGCGGGAAACGCCCACCCAGUGCCCACGAGCGGUGCCGCGCACCGGAGGAAGUCCCCAGGAGGAAUUGACUGGUUUCCGAACAAGGAAAGCAGUGUCCUAGCCAGGGACCCGUCCAGCCCGGAUUUUGGCGAACGGGGGCGGAGCGUGAACGUGUUGUUCAGCUCUAUAUUCUGUGGUGCUACACUCCUAGCUCUCAGAUCCCUCCCCCACCCCCCCCAGGCGACCCCAUUAAUAUCCGAAUACCCGGAGCCAGAGAGAGAAUUCAGAUAGGGAUCUGACUGCAUUUUUUUUUAGCUGACUACUUGGAAAAUCUAGUUUCCCAGUGAUGGCUCGGAGAGAGCAGUCCAUAUCAAACCACAUAAAGAAACAGACCAUGACAGCUUCUCCAACCCCCCAAACAAAAGAAUCAAAAUCUUUCCCAAAUGAAGAUACAAUCCUGGAAUUAUCAGAUACAGAAUAUAAAAAACUAAUUUACAGAAUGCUUAAAGAUAUCACAAAUGAAAUUAGGAUAAAUGCAGAAAAAGCCAAGGAACACACUGAUAAAACUGUUGAAGAACUCAAAAAGAUUAUUCAAGAACAUAGUGGAAAAAUUAACAAGUUGCAAGAAUCCAUAGAGAGACAGCAUGGAGAAAUCCAAAAGAUUAACAAUAAAAUUACAGAAUUUGACAACGCAAUAGAAAGUCAGAGGAGCAGACUCGAGCAAUUAGAAUGUAGACUGGGACUUCUGGAGGACCAGGGAAACAACACCAACAUAGCUGAAAAAAAAUCAGAUAAAAGAAUUAAAAAAAAUGAAGAAACCCUAAGAAUCAUGUGGGACUCUAUCAAGAAGGAUAACUUGCGAGUAAUUGGAGUCCCAGAACAGGGAGGGGGGACAGAAAACACAGAGAAAAUAGUUGAAGAACUCCUGACACAAAACUUCCCUGACAUCAUGAAAGAAGAAAGGAUAUCUAUCCAAGAUGCUCAUCGAACCCCAUUUAAGAUUGAUCCAAAAAGAAAAACACCAAGACACAUCAUCAUCAAACUUGCCAAAACCAAAGACAAACAGAAAAUUUUAAAAGCAGCCAGGGAGAAAAGAAAGGUUUCCUUCAAGGGAGAAUCAAUAAGAAUAAGUUCAGACUACUCAGCAGAAACCAUGCAGGCAAGAAGGGAAUGGGACGACAUAUACAGAGCACUAAACGAGAAAAACUGCCAACCAAGGAUCAUAUAUCCAGCAAAACUCUCUCUGAAAUAUGAAGGAGAAAUUAAGAUAUUUACAGAUAAACACACGUUUAGAGAAUUUGCAAAAACUAAACCAAGACUGCAAGAAAUGCUAAAAGAGAUUGUUUGGGCGGAUGACCAAUAAUAUCUGGUACCAGCACAAUACAGAACGUCCUGAUAUCAACGCAACUCAAACAGGGAAAGCACAAAAACAAACAAAUUAAGACUAAUUCUAAAAAAUAAAUAAAUAAACAAAAUAAUACACACAACAGGAAAUCAUGGAAAUCAAUAGAUAAACUAUCAAAAUAAUCAAAAAGAGGGACUAAAUAUAGGAGGCAUUGAACUGCCAGAUGGAGAGUGAUACAAGGCGAAAUAGAAGGAUACAAGUUAGGUUUUUACUUAGAAAAAUAGGGGUAAAUAAAAAGGUAACCACAAAACGGAAUAUCAAUCCCAUAACUCAAGAAAAAAGCCAAGAAAAACGUAACGACUCAAUAAACACAAAGUUAAACAUUAUGAAAAUGAGGAUCUCACAAGCUACUAAGAAAAACGUCUCAGCACAAAAAAGCAUGUGGAAAAAUGAAAUGGCCAACAACACACAUGAAAAGGCAUCAAAAUGACAGCACUAAAAACUUACUUAUCUAUAAUUACGCUGAAUGUAAAUGGACUAAAUGCACCAAUAAAGAGACAGAGAGUCACGGACUGGAUAAAAAAACACGAUCCAUCUAUAUGCUGCCUACAAGAGACACACCUUAGACUUAGAGACACAAACAAACUAAAACUCAAAGGAUGGAAAAAAAUAUAUCAAGCAAACAACAAGCAAAAAAGAAGAGGAGUAGCAAUAUUAAUUUCUGACAAAAUAGACUUUAGACUUAAAUCCGCCACAAAGGAUAAAGAAGGACACUAUAUAAUGAUAAAAGGGACAAUUGAUCAGGAAGACAUAACCAUAUUAAAUAUUUACGCACCUAAUGACAGGGCUGCAAGAUACAUAAAUCAAAUUUUAACAGAAUUGAAAAGUGAGAUAGACACCUCCACAUAUAUAGUAGGAGACUUCAACACACCACUUUCGGAGAAGGACAGGACAUCCAGUAAGAAGCUCAACAGAGACACGGAAGACCUACUUACAACAAUCAACCAACUUGACCUCAUUG